GUUAUUUUAUCGGUUUGACAAGAGAUUUUUUAAAAAUAUAAUAACUAAAAAAACAUUCUCGUGAAGAAUGGAGCUGGAUCCGGAUUUAAUAGAGGAAUUUACAAAUCUAAAGGUCUCCACGCGCCCCAUUAGCGCCGAGGAGCUGGCCAACUUCGAUGUGAAUGCGCCACUGCGUCAACGCAAUGCGAUCGACCACCCCUCAUACAAGACGAUACCGAAGUUCUUUCAGGCUCCGCCGCCGCCGGAGGACACCAUCCGACAGAACCUGCGCAAGGAGGCGCAUUCACUGUUUCUGCACCAAAAGUCGGAGGAGCUGCUGGACAGCAACGAGCUGAAUGAGUUGUGGAGCACGCUGGAGGAGCAUGUCACCCAGACGACGUCAGCAAAUGAGCAGCUGAUUGAUUUUGAUGCUUACUUCCUGGUGCAGGGUGCGGUGAGUGGCAAGAUCCGCAAGUAUGUGACGGCCCGACUCUUGGGCACUCUGCUCGUCCUCUCACCACACCCUGGGCUGGUGGAAAUUGUGUCGGUGUUUAACUACAUCAUGCGCAAGUCGUGGCUGAAACAGGGAAGGAUCGGUCUCUCGUUCUACGACGAGGCCGGUCAGGGCUAUCUACGAGAGACCGACAUGGAGCAAUACAUCAUCGACUUGAUACCCAGCUUGGCGCAGAUACGCGACUGCAUGGAGCCCUCGUUCCAGCCCUUCUACGUCUGUACCGUGGUGAAGAGGUUCUUCUUUUUUCUGGACGUGCAGCACAGAGGACGCAUUCGCAUUCGGGAUGUCCUGGAAUCGGGCAUGCUCUCAGAGCUGCUGGAUUUGCGCGAAACGGCCGAUCCAAUGGAUCCGCAGGGGCAAAAUCCGUUCUCAAUGGCGGCUGUCCUUGGGGUUUAUCAGAACUAUCUGAGCCUGGACAAGGACCACAAUGGCAUGCUCAGCAAGAAGGAGCUGGCUGACUACGGCUCUGGCACCCUUACCGCCAUCUUUCUGGACCGCGUCUUCGAGGAGUGUCGCACCUACGAGGUCCAAAUGGACUACAAGACCUUCCUUGACUUUUUUCUGGCUAUGGAUAAUCGAAAGUCGCCUCAAGCUCUGCAAUAUCUAUUUCGCAUCUUGGACGUGGGCCACAGGGGCUACUUAACAGUCCCAACAUUGCACUUCUUCUUCAAGGGCAUCCAGGAGAAAAUGAAAUCGCAGAACGAGGAUCCCGUCAAUUUUGAGGACAUCAAUAAUGAGAUAUUCGACAUGGUCAAGCCAAAGGAUCCCUGCAAGAUAACCCUGCAGGACCUGAUAAAGAGCGGGCAGGGCGAGACUGUGGUGUCCAUACUAAUUGAAUUUCAUAAAUUCUGGGCAUACGAGAACCGUGAGGAGAAUCCGCAGAAUGUUUAAUAAACAGCAUUCCACCCGGCAAGGCGCAGCACGAGUGCGGUAAUAGCAUUAAGUGAAAUUUAAUUAAAUCCCCGGUCAGGCCCGGUCUGUCCCCGUCUGGCUGCCCAGCCAGCCCCCGGGUAAUGCACUGCCAUCCUGCUGGCCGCUGGUAUUGUUUUUGUUAAUUUUGUAUUUCGUGUCAUACUUAUAUGCAAAUUUGUUGUGUAAAGAUUCACAAAUAUUUCUGGCCCAUUUGUAUU